CUGUGGCUCAAAUCCGGGAUUAGCAGAGCCUUUUCCUGUGGGCAGAGGCGCCCGGGGGCCCGCAUCAUGUCAUCCCCGGCCGGGCUCCAGUACUCCCGGGCGGAUAUCCUGGCCCGGUGGAUGCCCGGAACCAACCGGGCCGGAGUGAUCCUGGACCGUUCCCCGGAUCUGGAUGGACCCUCCCGGUUGGUUCUGGUGAACGACUCCUUCUCCUCGGACUUCGCUCCUCUUUCCGCCUCUGCAGACAGCAGCUGCAGCACCGGGGGUGGACAUGCGGAGGCACCGGUGACCGGUGUCCGCCCCGGGCCCGCGGGGGGGGGCUCAGGGCCGGACGGUCCCGGGGAGAUGGCCCACGGACCCCCGGAUCAGACCCUCGUCGUGAAGCUGGAACAGCUGAGGAAGUGGCAGCAGCACAUGCAGCAGCAGCUGAGGGCCCAUCAGCUGGAGGAGCUGCUGGGCCUCCAGGAGCAGCAGCAAAGGCUUCUGGGAAAAGCCGGCCAGUCCCCGCUUUGCACCGGAGACAGCUGGAACUCCAGAGGAGACGAUGGGGAAGAAAGUUUUGGCGAAAACUGUGAGCAGGACGAGGAAUUACGGCAACAGGAAGGCCGGGUCGGGACUCGAAACACCAGCAAGCAGGAAAACGAAGACUUCCAGGACAGACCCAUAAAACCGGGAAUCAGCGGUCAGAAGCAGACGUUUGAGGAGCUGCUGGAGGAGCAGCUGAAGCUGGAGGAGCAGAGGCUGAAGUCUGCCCAGCAACAGAAAAGUCUAGACGGAGGCCAGGCUCGUCCCAAAAGGGCUUUUCUGAAGCGUGGCGAGGGCCUUUCCCGGUUCACCGGCAGCCGCAAACCCGUGGAUCCGCCGCCUCCUCCCGCCUCCCGGGCCGUAUCCCGUAGCAACUCGGCGCCCGUUUUCCUCCAGAGAGCCGUUGCCGGGGGCGCCCCGGCGGUCCAGGUCCAACGCAAAACCGCCACGCUCAACAAGGAGAACCGGGCCAGGGUUCCCAGAGUCUUAGGCCGCCACCAGAGGCCGAACACGGAGAGGGCCGCGCCCCCCCCGGCCAAACGGGACCAAACGGGGACCCAACGGGCCUCUGAGGACAGGAACCCCGACUGCUGGGAGCUGUCCUUCCAGGAGAAGCUGCAGCUCUGGGAGAGCGACCGGCGGAUGGAGAGCAUGGAGCUGGGGGAGUUCGAGCUUUUGGAGCAGGCGGCCGAGGAGCUGUCCUUCUCCUCAAACUCCUCCUUCGUCCAAAAGAUUCUCCAGAUGGACGUUUACAGCCGGCAGCGGGGGGGCGAUGCAGGCGGACUCUACGAGAGGCGUCUCUCCUCCACGCCCAUCAAGUCGCCCCCUGGUGGCGGGGCCCAGAAGUGCGGCGGCGUGCCGGAGGACGGAUGUGGGCGGAGCCAACGCCAACUGUCCGACGUUUCGUCAGGCAGUGGGUCUGAGUUCGGGGACCCCCCCGAGGUGGAGGUGGAGGUGGGGGGGCGAGUUCGCUUCCCCGAACCCUCCAACCCCCCGUACGACAAGAGCUCCUACCAGGACCAGGACCAGGACCAGGACCAGGACCAGGACCAGGACCAGGACCAGGAACAGGAACAGGACCAGGACCAGGACCAGGACCAGGACCAGGAACAUGACCAGGACCAGGACAGUCUGAGGGACUCUGCCCCAGAGGAGGAUGAGGAGAGUGGGGGUGACUCCACCCUGACGGAGGGUCUAGGGUCGGGUUUGGGGUCGGGUUUGGGGUCUGGGGGCCGAUACGGGGAGGUGGUGUUCGACGACCACGACACCUGGAACGACCUGGAGGAAACGGCCAUUAGCCUGCAGGUCGGUCUGGAGAGGACUCCUAGCAAGAGGCCAAAAGACCAGACAGUCUCCCCCUCAGGCCAGCAGCCCCAGUCCGCUCAGCUCAGAGAGAGGGUGGCGGAGCUGGAGAUCGAGAUCCAGAGGUUUAAGAAGGAAAAUGCCUCACUCGCCAAACUCAGACAAGAAAACGAUAAAAUCCAGGAGGAACUCAGGAAAGAGCGUUUUCAAUUUGAACAGACAAAGAAAGAGGAGCUGGCCAAGUUUGAGGAAUACAAGAGGGAGGAGACCAGGAAGCUUCAGAGGGAGCGCAAACUUUUUGAAAGGCACGCGACGGCCGCCCGAGCCAUCCCCGACAAGAAGGAACGCGACGAGAUCCAGGCGCUGAAGCAGCAGCUGGGCUCCCUGCAGGAGGAGCUGAGGAGGAGGGAGAGCCGCUGGGCCUCCACACAGACCCGCCUACGGGGGCAGAUCGACUCCCUGAACCAGGACAACGUUUCUCUGCGGGACGAGAUUCGAAUGCUGGAAAAGCUGCGUCUCAGUGCCCUGAAGAAAAGCUCCAUCCCGGCAGAGAGGGACUCGGAAACCAGAGACGUUCCCAGAACGGCAGAGAGCUUCGUCCCAGCGGUGACCAAAGGAGUCACAUUCGCUAGUCCACUGGACUCCAGAGGAGGCAGCUGCAGCCCCCCGCUGAGCGGGAACCACAAAGAACCCUCAGAAAGUAAAAGCAGCCUGAGGAGAUCUGGGUCUUCUGGGUCUGGGAGGAGGACGGAGAGGCCGGAACCAGCCAGCAAAACCCAGGAAAAGCCUCCAGACCGCCGCCCCCAGGACGGGUCUCCGAAACCGGAUCAGCGUCCACUGGGAGCGGAGAGCAGCGACCUGGAGGAGCCGGGACAGGAGGUGCUCACACACCCCGACGGGAAGACGGAGACGGUUCUGGCCAACAGCGACCGCCUCAUCACCUUCCCCAACGGGACCAGGAAGGAGGUCUCAGCAGACGGGCUCUCGGCAAAAGUCACAUUCUUCAACGGAGACACCAAACAAGUCACAGCCGACCAGCGAGUGAUUUAUUACUACGCCCAGGCCCAGACCACCCACAUCACCUACCCCGACGCCAUGGAGGUCCUGCACUUCCCCAACGGCCAGACAGAAAAACAUUUCCCAGACGGGCGAAAGGAGAUAACUUUCCCCGACCAGACGGUGAAGAACCUGUUCCCCGACGGCCGGGAGGAGAGCGUGCUGACCGACGGCACCAUCAUACAGGUCAACCCGGACGGCUCCAAAGAGAUCCACUUCAACACGGGUCAGAGGGAGGUCCACACGGCCGAAUACAAGCGGCGGGAGUACCCCGACGGCACGGUGAAAACCGUGUUCUCCGACGGGCGGCAGGAGACCCGAUACCCCACCGGCCGCCUGCGGAUCAAAGACAAAGAUGGCCGCGUCGUCCUCGACAACCGGGGCUAGAAACCGCUCUAGUUUUGUUUUUUUAACCAAAACAGAGCAACACGACUCUUCUGCGCUCUUCUGUUUAAAGUUUGUUUCAUUUCUUAAAACAUUAAGUAUUUAUUUCUUUAGCUAACUGUACAUUUUUAUUUGUAAAAUAAAUGUAUUUUUUAAUUUAU